UCUGUAGCAUCGAAAGAUGUCGACUUCCGUAAAAUACCAUCGAAAGAGUUCGGCCCCGUAAAAUACCACUGAAAGCUACUACCGUUACCGGAAAAUCGCACUCCGUUAGAUUUUGUUCCUAGAAACCUUUUGGUAUGCUGUUUUCAGAACAUUACACGGCAGCGAAUUGACCUAUCUACCCCUGGCUCCCUUCUUGCCGUAUCCAGACUCGUCUCUCCCCCACAGCCCUGACCUCGCCUCUCCCCCACCCAGGCCCGCCGCCCCCUGUGCCCCCCACGCCCCACCGGCCGGCGACGCUUCGCCCCCACCAAGCGCCGACGUCCCUGCGCCCCACGCAGUGCGCCACUCCUGCUCCCCCCACGCCCCUCCGGCCAGCGACGUAGCCACCCCUCGCGCCCAUCCCCUAGCGACGGCCGGCGCCCCCACCAUCAAUGGCGUCCCUGGAGGAGGCCAAGCCACCACGGACCACGCGCGGGGUCCCCGAGGCGGGUGCCCUCAACCUGCGCGUCUGCAGGGGCGGUGCGCUCGUUCUGAUGGAUUCACUUGAGAUGCCCGAAGGGAAGAGGAAAGGAGAGACUUCAAAAUCCAAGAAGGGAUCCAAGAAUACUUCAAAGAAAUCAAAGAAGGUUGGUGCAACAACCACCUCUACUUCCUUAGUAGUUGAAGAACCAGCAACCACAUCUGCUUCCUUGGUCACUCAAGUACUAGUUAGUCCCGGACCAACAACAAGUAGGAUGGCAUCUUCUACUUCUACUCCAGCAAGACCUCUAGAUUCACCAUUGAGUCCAGGACCUACAACUAGAAGAAUGACCGUGCAAUUAGUUGAUGUACUAAAAUAA